AAAGCGCAAUGUUUAUUUAGGUUAGGUUAGUAACUAACUAUUUCAGUGAAAAAGUGUGCCGUCGUUGUUUGGCAGUUCGAACUUUGAAACAAUUUUCGAUUUCAGUGAGCGAGAGAGGAUUAUCCUCGCGUCAUUUCAAUUUCCCGUCUUUCCUUUUGCACAUACUUUUCAUUUUCGUUAAUUCUUGUUCGAAAUUGCUUUGUUAGCAACACUAGGGAAAGCUGAUGUAGGUCAUGGAGGUUCCCACAUCUGAGGUAGAUUUGCAAGUAUCGCAAAUUAUCAGCAGGUUUGAAGAGCCUAUUCUGCGCAGUAAAAAACCAUCGGAUUCCAAUGAAAAAUUAGUUCUAUCAUCAGAGCGAAAAUCAAAAGAGGAAAUAAUCGUCUCGCUGCGGGAGCUCAUAUCUCACCAAUAUGAAGAAGGGCCAGAUUCAGAGACCGUCGCCUCCCCUGUUAUCUUACCCAGCCUUGAUUCCUCCAGCUGCACAGCCGUUAUCUGGCAAAGUGUUGCAACUUACCUAUCUGCAUUAGAUCUCUCUCAUCUCAUUCUUUUAAAUAAAGAAUUGUCUUCCUCAGUCUCUAAAUGGCUGUCCGCUGUCUUCAGGUUCCCAGAGAGUGAAGCCAUAACCACAGAGGAUUCUAUGGUGCAACUCACAAGAUCUAUUCUUUCUCAGAAAUAUCCAACUUUCAAAGAGUGCGGCUUUGAAGCUUUAGUCGAAAGCCCACCUGUUUUCUAUGCUAGCUCUGAAGAUGCAAUCAAAUACUUGCAAUCUAUCUGUCAGUCGCUUGGUUUACCCCUUAAAAGUGUAAGAACUGUUCCUAGUGAUGCAACCAUCGAGUUUGAGCAAAAAAUGAAUACAGAUGCUCUUGCAUCACUCAUGGAAGAAGAUAAAGUUGCAAAUAAAUCUCCUUUCCUGGUUUUAGCCGAUACAGGUUGGAGGGUGAGUGGUCAAUGUGAUAGUUUGCAAUCAUUACGACAAUUGUGCAAUCAACAUGGUGCUUGGCUUCAUUUGAAAGGACAUGCAGUGUCCAUAUUUUCUCAAUCAUCUUUAUCUAUGUCUGUUAUGCCUGAUAGUUUCUCCAUUGACCUGUCUACCUGGUACGGGAUUCUAGGAUUGCCACCAGUUAUUUUGCAUAAGAAACUGAAUGAUUGUGAUGACGCUUUGGAGUACUUCUCAGAAAUCUCGGAGCCAAAAUUUUCGAUUCUUCCACUAUGGGCAUCAUUAAUGUCAAUAGGUUUUGAAGACCUCCAUAAGAGGCUUUUGUACUGUUUCGAAUCCUGUGAGAGGAUGUGGCGGAUUGUAUCAAAAUAUCCUUGUCUCCGAAUACUAAGCCAGGCUCCCUCCGGAGACGAUUUGCACCUAUCUUUUGAGGAAUUUUUGUCAAAACAUUCAGAAUCAGAGUCAAUAAUUGAAUCAGUUGUUACUUGCGUUCUGUUUCAAUUCACUCCUGAUAAUUUUAGCGAGAGUGCUGUUCCCUCUGAUUACAACAAGUUGAAUUCUUGGCUAGGACAAAUUCUUCAGCGAGACAUGCCAAUGAUCUCUAUUCAAUAUUUGUCCCUCAAACCGUUUGGCAUAGUCUUGAGAUACUGCCCAUUCGAAUCAAAACCAAAUUUGCCAGAGGACUGCGAGAAAUUUUCCAUUUGCCUAGAGCAACAACUGGAGAUAUUAACUGCGACUGUUGGCUAUAAGCAAACAUUCAUAAAUUUAGUCAACAGCUCAGAAUGUCUACAACUAGUGGAAAUGGAAAGUUGGGCUGGUUUAGGCGGAGUUAGAUACAUUCCAGUAGGAUCUAAUUAUAGCAAUGAUGAAUUGAACAAAUUAAAUACACAGCUGGUGGAACAAUUGCGUAAUACAGAUGCUGCUUUCUCAAUUGGUGAAGGAAGUGAUAAUACAGUCUGUGUGCGGUUCGGUAUGAUUACAUCUGAAACAGAUGUAGUGGAGCUUCUGCGUCUGGUUGAAAUGACUGGCAAGGAACAAGAAGAAUCUUGGAAGUAUAUCGAUACCAUGGCAGAAGUGGUCAAGAAAGGAAUUGAGGCAGCCACACUUGACCUCCAAAAAGAAUCUGAGGACAAACUCUGGCAAGAGGGAAUUUUACGCCACGUUCCAGUGUUUGGAUCUCUUGUUAACUGGUGGUCACCUGUCAACAAAGAGCCAAUUAAUGGAAGCACAGGGAUCAAAGGUAGAAGUCUCAACUUGGCAGCCGGAGUAGUUGAAUCCACAGAAAACAUUUACAAGUACCAUAUGCAAAACUUACCACCAUCACCUCAACCAUCAAUCACUCCGUCACCCAGUCUUUAUAUCAAUGGUGCUAAUGUUUCCAAUGAGUCACAGUCAGAACUCUCUUCCAGUCUGUAGGGAACUCUUGACUUCAUUUUCACCGGACUUAUAGUCUAAUUUGUUUCUCCUGUGACAGAAGCACUAAAGAAGAGAACUGUUUUCACCAAGAACGUUUUAAAAAAACUACCUAUCUUCAGGUCGGAUUUGAUUUGGGGUUUGAAGGUUAGUGACAUAAAUUGGGGCGAAUUGUCUGUUUGGUGUACUGAGCGCGCAAAUAGCCAGAGUGAUGAAAGGGAAGCUCUCAUGAGUUGUAUAAAGGUAAAGUUUAGAGAGGCAGCUUGAACACAUAUUGUCAACAACUUAGGAUCUAGAAAAGUUUCUUUGCAUUUUGCUCUUGGCUGUGUUGAUGCCCAAAUAUUUCUAGCUUUAGAAAGCGCUGCUUGAUCGAAGUAAGGUUAUAGUAGUUCGAUACAUAUUCACCAUCAGAAAUUAAUUCUCAAUGAUUAACAAGAUAGGAAAUUCUCCUAAAACAUUUAUUCAGUUCUAAAAAGAAAUAUAGUCACUCUGGCUUAUAUAUUAUCACGGAAUAUCAAUUUGCAAUUACUUGUAAAUUAUAAGUCAAGUUAUGAUAGAUAACAUCAAUAACAGCCUAUCAUUUGAAAAAUAAAAUUUGACCAUAAGAAUGUCACUAAAUUUUUGUCACUUUUCUCCUCAUAAUUCGGGAAUUAUUGCAUGGCAAGUCCUACAGAAUGUCAGCACUGUGGCAGUCAUAGUGCUAAAUUAUUGUCUUUCAAAAUCUGCACCUUGACCCGCCACAAGCAGGUUAAAAAACUUUAGCAUUCACAAGUCCCUCAUAUCUUAUUUUUCAAGAAGCGUUGUGGUUUAUUGUGUCUCAUCGUAUUGCUUUUGUACUGUCCUUUGUUUGCAAUUGAUCAGUGCUAGGUCAUUGGGCCCAAAAAAAUUAUAUCCAGAAGUCAAAUUGUCAGUACAAAAGGAAUCAUUGAGAAGAUAUUAAAAGUACAGGAAAAACAUUACAGUACCAACGAAUAAUGCCGUCCUUCAAAUCAUGUAUCAGAAAAUUGAAAAAAAAAAAAAUGAACAUAUUAUCUUAACAUUUGAAAAUUUUAGAUAAUAUUAAGAUAGAGAGACCUAGAGAUGUUGUGUUCUCAACUCAACAACAGUCAUAUUCCUACUAUUGCCUACAAAUUAAAAGAAAAUUGUGAGAAAUUCUAGAGAGGAUUGCGAGAAAACGGAAGGACUGUCAAUGAUAGUCCUUGCUACCUGAGAUAAACAUCCAGCGACUAGUUGUCAUAAACACAACCCUAACUCUUUCUGGUGUUUUUAACAUUUAUUCAUCUAUAUUUUCCUUGGGGCCUAAAAGGGGUCUCAGACUGUUUGGUUUUUGGAUAUUCUAAUCUUGAGAAAUUGGACUUUUGGACUUGAUUUUUCGGGUUCAACAACGUAGCAUUAACAGAUCAGGAUGCUACUUUCAAAGUAGUGAAUUUAACCUUUGUUUGACAACCAAAAAAAUGUUGGUUCCUCUUUAGUAAGUUUCUAUUUUAGCUUUGCCAAAAAUGUAUUCAUAAUAUAAUUUCUGAGAAAUCAUUUUGAAGUUAGAGUUGAAGCUUUGAUACCCUCUUAACGUUCUAAAAAAUGAAAUAAUUUUAGCUUAAUCUGAAUUCAUCUAAAUAUUUUAAAACAGGAGUUUAAUGGGAGUUGAUUUUUUUCAAGCGUUGUUCCUUUACUUAUACUUUUAAUGCUUGUGGGGUAGAAUCGGACUUAUUUCUGCCAAACAGAACUAUGUGCAUUAAGGCAUGAGCCCUGAGACCCAUAAGAACAUAUGCGUAACAGGGCUCACGUCACAAUACACAUAGGUCUGUUUGGCAGAAUUUCGUCCAAUUGAUUAUUGUUCUGAGUGGCUAGUAUUCAUCACAAUAAAAGGAUCUAAAGUAGAUAGAAAGUAGGUGGCUGCUUUCAAGUGAGUGUAUAAUUUGUUGUCCUCAGCUGCUUUCAUCGGCACAAUAAGACAAAAUUGAUCAAAGCCCAUUUUUUGUCAAAUUUCCCAUGCUGCUGGUGACUAAUACAUCCUAUUUUCAGACUAAAAUAAAAACAGCAGAAUUUUGAACGUGCAAAUUGCCUUCAUCUUUCCCAAAUUUGUACGUCCCUCAUACCUAGUUCUUGCCUUUAAAUCGAUAAGUAUUUCAACACAACUAAAGUGAUUGCUUGAAAAAACUGUACUAGAAAUCUACAUUACGAUGCUUUUAAAUUUAAGAAAAAAUAUUUCGAGAUACUUUCUUUUCUUAUUUUUCAGCUCUGUACAGUGUAAAACGAUUCAAUUUUCCAAGUAGUGCUUUAAUUUAGUGCUCAACGAUGCCCAAUGAACAUUUUGGUCAAUUUUAAAUGAGAAGUAUAAUAUAUCACCUUAAAAUGAACGUUUAGGAAAUCAGGUGAAAUUGAAACAAAACUGAGACAAAGAAAUACAAAAUCAAUGAAAUUGGCUAGUUUUCAGCUGAAGUGUAAUGCAUCAAGUCUCGAUUUUUUUUCCUCUUGGAAGGCUUUUUUUGGUCCCAUUUCAAAAUUUGCGCCAAAACACAAUUUCAGAAAUUCCCAGUUGUCUUAGUAAUGUUCAGAUGUUUCCAGAAGAGAACACCUACUUUUUACUCACCUUGAGUAAUAUCGGAGGUCUUAGUGUGUAUAUCAUAGGUACUUAGUUGAUUUCUUGUUUUCUUUGUGUUAUUAUUAUUUAUUUAAGGAAUGUUGACCUUAGUGCUUUUAUUUAUCGUCCAAGAGCUUACGAUAUUGGUUCAUACCUAAAAGAUCUAAAUUUGUUCACCUCUUUUUUCAAUGACACAAUACCACCACUGACCUGCCAGACAGACCAGUCAUGAUUCCUGUUAUUAAGUGUUAUUGAAAAAAGUAACUUGGAAAUUUAGAUCUUAUGGGUGUGAACUAAUGUCAUAAGCUCUAGGUCCAUCAAGUUUAACUUGAGUAAUCUACCAAAUAUCUUCAUUUUUUAAUAAGUUUAGCUUACAGCACGAACUGUUUGAUAUGAUGAGCAAUAUUUAUUUUUUUAAUUAUUUUUGUAAUUCACAUGUUUAAGCAUAACUAAUACAAUUACUUUUGCGUAAUUUAUUUGCGAAAAAAUUUA